CUCUCCCUCUCCCUCUCCCUCUCCGUUCGAUCUCUCUCUCCCUCUCUACUCUCAAACCCUCCCCUCUCCCUCUUCGCUCGAUCUACCGCUCCCUCACUCUCUGUCUCUCUCUCUGUCUCUCUGUCUCUCUCUCUCUCUGUCUCUCUUUCUCUCUUUUAUUUUCUUAUUUUCUUUAGUUCAACACAUCAAGGAGCAUUCUGCAACAUCAGAUGUUGUCUUAAAGCUUAUCAUCCUGAAUGUGUGGGCAAGGAUUCCACAUUCUUGGAGAUGGGCGAUCAAUGGACUUGUAAUAGCCAAGAUGACAAUGAGAUACCAAAUGUGAAUUCGAUGUUAUUUGAUUUGGAUAUGCUAAGAGCGGAAACAGAUAACUUCUCUGAUACAAAUAAACUUGGGGAAGGCGGAUUUGGUCCUGUUUACAAGGGAAAGCUAACCGACGGCCAAGAAAUAGCAGUGAAAGGGCUUUCCAGAAGAUCCUCUCAGGGAUUAGAAGAGCUCAAAAAUGAGGUAGGAUUGGUGGCAAAACUUCAGCAUAGGAACCUAGUAAGGCUGUUUGGUUGCUGCUUAGAAGGGGAAGAGAUGAUGCUUGUCUAUGAAUAUUUGCCUAAUACCAGCCUUGAUACCUUUCUAUUUGGUAAAUUGGUAUUUCGAGUGUUUCUUCUUUUGGUGAAUUAAAAGGUUAAGGCAUAGCACGUAGCCAUAGAAGCUGAAACUGAGAUUGAUGAGCUUGUUCUUCUUUGUCAAAUUUCACUGUUUAUGUUUUAUGGAUUAU